UAAAAAUGCCGCCGCAGAGCCUCCGAAUCGAUACAGAGCGCGUCACGUGCGGGCGAGCGCGACCAAUCGCCGCGCGCGCCGGCCGCGGGAGGGGGGCCGCUCCGCGCGCGCCUCGCAGCAGCCAGUACACGAGGACGCGCCGUGCUGGACGGACGCACGUCGCGCGCGCUCCACACAAACACGAGUUUCACCGAAAACCGGUCCGUAACCCAGUGUCAUGUUAUAGUGCAGUGUCACCGCCAUGAGUGCGUGGACGGAGGAAGUGUUGUCUUGGCGCGACGAGCGCCUCGGCCUAACCGAAUUGCCGAGCACGACGAGGAGAAAACAGCGGAGUGCGCCGUAUAGACUGCAUCGGCCGCAUUUGCCCACGGCUCACGUGCCGGAGCCGCCGCCAGAGCCGCAAGGGACGCACAUAUCCAGGCUCUAUCCGGAACUUUUAGCUUUGAUAUUCGAGCGGCUGCCCGUGCGCGACCGAGGCCGGGCGGCCCAGGUGUGCCGUGCGUGGAGAGAUGCAGCGGACCGUCGCUCGGUGUGGCGCGGGGUCGAGGCCGCCUUGCACCUCCGUCGGCCCGCGCCGGUGCUCUUCCAGUCCUUGGCCAGGCGGGGAGUUCGCAAGCUCCAAGUGCUCUCCCUCAGAAGAGGUCUAAGGGACGCCGUCGCCUCUUUACCUGGCUUGGAAUCUUUAUCACUCAGCGGCUGCUACAGCGUCACAGAUGCGGCUCUAGCCAGCGCAUUCGCCGCUGAACUCCCAGCUUUAAGAAGACUAGACUUAUCCCUAUGUAAACAAGUAACAGACUCCUCUCUCGGGAGGAUAGCACAGUCGUUGAAAAACUUGGAAGAGUUAGAACUUGGUGGUUGUAGUAACGUGACAGAUACGGGACUGUUGCUUAUCGCGUGGGGAUUGAAGAAGUUAAAGCAUUUGAACUUAAGAUCGUGCUGGCACGUGAACGAUGCAGGGAUAGCGCACCUGUGUGGUGGCGGGGAGGCGCGGGGUACGCCUGAGCUGGAGUAUUUGGGUCUCCAAGACUGCCAGAGGUUGACAGACGAGGCGUUAAAACACGCAGCGACAGGGCUUCCUAAUCUCAAAUCUAUAAAUCUUUCAUUCUGCGUGGCUGUGACGGAUGCAGGGCUGCGGCACCUGGCUCGUCUGCCGAACCUGGAAGAUGUCAACCUGAGAGCGUGUGACGGAGUAUCGGACGCCGGAGUGGCGCAUUUAGCCGAGAGCGGAAGACUGAAAGCCUUGGACGUGUCGUUCUGCGAUAAAGUAGGCGACGAGGCUCUGCUACACGCCACGCUGGGGUUAUCUGGACUGAGGUCGUUAUCUUUGAGCGCGUGUAGACUCACGGACGAAGGUUUGGAGAGGGUCGCGCGGUUAUCGCAACUAGAAACUCUAAAUAUAGGGCAGUGCACAAGGGUCACAGAUAGGGGACUAAGGGCUCUGGGGGACGGGCUGAGAAAUUUGAAGGCGAUAGACCUGUACGGGUGUACGUGCAUCACGCCGCAAGGGUUGGACUUCAUUGUGAAGUUGCCGCAGCUUAGUGUACUCAACCUCGGGCUGUGGCAUGUACGGUGACCACACACACACUAGCGAUCGAGUGCGCGCCGGCCCGCCGGCUGACCGCCAUGUUGUAGUGAGCGAGCCAAGGUUGUAUAAUCUGGACAGUGAAUAAAUGAAUUAACCAAUUUAAGAUAUUAUCGAAUUAUUGUUAGGGAACGGGGUUGCUUUCUUUUUUAAACGUUCCUUUUUGGCCAGUUUUGUUAAUGUUGCAUUUAUGUUUUUGAUUAUGUCAUUUUGUAAAUUGUCAGUUGUGUUAUGUUUGUAAGGAAAGUUGCCCCAAUGCCUAGUCGCAACGUUGAGCUAGACCUUUUUCAAGUUGCCCUGUUCUGUUCGCUCUAAGUUUUUUAUUGUCACUGACGUAAUAUUUAAGUUUUAAUGUACCUUUUACAAGUUUUGCAAUGACAAAAAGGUCUGGUUUAUCAAUAUAAUUGCUCCAUUAGUUAGACAUUUAGCCAUUCUUCAAAUUAUUACUGUUUUUAGUUCGACCUUAAGCGUCAAGUUGGGAAAUAACCAAUUUGUUAUUAGGUUUUUUCAAUUAUUUUUGUAGCACUGUAAAUUUGGGAGACUUAUUGUGUUGAAUUUUGAUUUAUUUAUUCUCAAAACCUAAACAAAUUCAUGAAAUAUUAAAGGUACAAUGCAUAAUGUAUACGAUUUAGUAUAUCUAAAAUUUAAAUAGUUUCACAAAUUGUCUAAAUGUAGAUAUGUUGUCGCCAAAGUGAAUAUUGACAAUGGGCAUAUACCUAAUAAUGUAUAGAUAGGUAUGUUAACUACUAACUAAAAGACGUAAAUAAAUGUUUUAUUUUCUUUUACAUUGAAGAAAAUACUUAGUAUUGUUUGCAAAAGUUUCCGAAGCAUUGAGUCAUUUGCAUUUAAAGUAUUUAUAUUUUUCAUUGACUGGAUAUAUUUUCCACCAAAUCAAUAUUCCAAUAGGUUUGGUGUCGAUAACAAUCUGCGCCAUUUUGAAAGACAACUUCAUAUUAAAUGCCUUUAAUUACCUACAACUUAAUAAAUGUGUCGGUUCUGAAAUGAAUUCUUUAAUUACUUUUAGCAUGUAGGUAGGUGCUUUACUUACUUUUCUAUUCCAAUAGAAAAGAAAGGGACGGGAAGUGUAAACGUUUACUUUUUUAACAGAUACCUACUCCCUUUCCAUUUCUACAGAAUAGAAAAUGUCAGUUAUAAAUAAACUUAUUUUAAUUUAAUAAUUCAAAAUGUGGAGUCAUCCUUUAUAGGUAUUUUAUGAAAGAGAUAUAUAGCUACUUUUAGAACUGUCAUACUAAACACAUAACUAUAACAUAAAAAGCUCAUUCGACUAAGUUUACUAUCCCAAUUGAGGUACCUCAGAAGAGGUACCUAAGAUGAACUCUGUACCCAAACCCAAGAAUCAGCUGAGCAUUUAAAAAAAAAAUAACUGCCAGCAUGAUCAUUACAAGUUUCUAAAAGAUAUCACUCAAUACGUCUGUAAACAUAUUUUAUAAACAAGAAACAGACAAAUGUUCUGUCCUCUUCAUCAUUCGCCUGCGAUUUCGAGAGAACAAAGUUGUAAUAGCAACCUACAAUCUAUUUUUUCUUUUCUAAUAGUAACGCCUACAAAUAUGGCGCCCUAAUGUCAAUGUUACCUCAUAACAAUUGAUAUUUUUUUUGUUUUGAUUUUCCCCGAAGGGCAAGGCAAAGGGAAUUAUGCCAUACAGCCAUGUCGUAUGUAUUUUUUUUAUCACAACAUAUUAUACAACUCCAUAACCAUUGAUAUUUAUAUUGCAUUGCAAAUCUUUGACUGAACUUAUGAAUGACAUUUUCAAUUCUUUCAUUCAUUAAAUGAAGUUUUUUGUCUAUUCUUGAGAAAGUACAUAAAUAAGACAAGUACUUACUUAAGUAGAUUAUAAGAUAAUUUAUUACAUUUCUGUAAUCCAGUACAUUGACUAAUAUUAAAAGUACCUACCUAGGCAUGUUUUUUGUUAGAUACCUACCUAUCUUUCAACUUUGUUUUUUAUUAUUUUGGGUAGGUACUUUCAAAAACAUUCAUACAAUAACUGACAAACAUGUUAAGUUUUUAAUAUACUUAGGUCAUAAUAGACCAACUACACUAAACACAGUUUUUCUCUGGGAAAGCAGAUGUUUAUAAACACUGUUUCAUUGAAAAUACUAUGCCUUUAUCGGCAUUCAAAAUGACCUAAACAUGUUUUUGUAAACAUUACGUGUUUUGGAAAUUGUGUAAACUCAAAACAUUGUUUCUAAAAAGUAACUUACCUAAAAUCCCCGUUCGUCCCAGCGAUUUCAGAUAACUUUCUUGAAUGUAGCCAUUAUUAAUUAUUUUUGUUGUCUUCAAAAGCGAUUUAUAGUUACUACGGACUAUUUUGUAGGUCCAUUUUAUUUUUUCUGGUGACUUAAGAAAUAUACAUCUCUCUCUCUCUUUAUUUAAGAGCUGCGCUCUUGUCGGUGGAGUAAUCGCCAUUACUAUAUAGAUGGGGCGUGAUUAUGUUUCUCAAAACAAUUUAAAAAAUCUUAUUGAGUUGUCGCUAUAGUAACAUAAUUAUUUAGUAUUACACAUCAAUGGUUGUUAAACUUGUUAUUAAAUAUUUUCAGCCGAAGCAUAUCAAUGACGGUAACGGUUAUGAAAGGGACAGAAAAUCCAAAGUUUCCAUCUCAUUCUCUCUUAAUUUAAGAUAAAAAAUGAUAAUUAUUUUCACUGUACAUGACGGGUUUUACUUUCUUGGAAAGAGACAUUUUUUGUUUCAAUUCACUUUAAAUUUUGAAUUGAAUCGUCACUCUGAAAUUAUCUAGUUUCGGUUCAACCAAAUGAGAGUCUAAUUCAUUAUGUGAAUUAUAAAAUUAAAACAAAAUCGCACGAAACAAAUACAUUUCAAAUUAAGAACCUAAAUCGAAAUGUUUUGGUGUAAGUGGUCCAAGGUGAUAGUAAUAUUUGGUCAUACCACACGCUGUUAUUUUUAUAUUUAUCUAUAAGCAACUUCAGUUUAAAAAUGUAAUUUUUUUACCUGUCUCCCAAAAGCUACGAUCUCAAUUGAUACGUAAAGUUAGUUAAUUAGUUAGUUUUAAUUGUUUAUUAUCAUUAAUAAUUGUGAUGUUAGCAUUAUGGUCGAACUGAGAACUCUAACGUUGUAUACUAUGCAAUACAUUGUUUUGUACAAAUUAUGAACGAAUGUAACAUACGAAAUGUAUUAAAAGUCAUCGUUUAAGUUACAAAUUAA